AUGCCAGUCGAUUGCUAUGAUGGCCAAAUAAAGCUUAAAGAAGCUAAAUACAUAAGUACUGUAACGACUUGGCGCGGACAAGGACUGCUGGAGGAGACAAAAAUGAUGCAUCAGCAACCCAUGAUGGUUGGAGAAAUGAUACCCGUUCAUUCUGACAUACCUGUGCAUACUGACAUACCUGUGCAUACUGAGGACAUGAAUAAUGUGGGCUAUGAUAAUAGUGGCUCCUAUGCUUACGAUGAUUUAUUUCCUGCUCUACCCCACUCUCAACCUCCUGUACAACGUAAUAUACAACAAGUCACUAAUAAGUUGCGAGUUGGAUCAUCUUUGCAUACUCAGGUGUUUCAUGUGCCAUAUGAAGAAAGGAAACUGGAUAAUGCCAAUACAUUCGGAGAGGGUGAGUCUUUAAGAACUUGCCAGGCGAUUGCUAAAGAAACCGGGGCACACAUAGAAAUUACAACGAGUAAGGAUGGCAGUCUUACUUUUCUAAUUACUGGAAAAAACAGUACUGUUCUGGAUGCAAGACGUCAAAUCUUGACCCAUUUCCAACAACAGGCUAGCAAACAAAUAUCUAUCCCGAAAGAACACUAUCGCUGGAUUCUUGGUAAACAAGGUCAAAAACUACGUGAAUUGGAAAAAGUUACUGCAACCAAGAUUAGUGUUCCUAGCAUAUCUGAUAAUAGUGAGAUAAUUACUAUUACUGGCACUAAGGAAGGAAUUGAGAAGGCUGAACAUGAAAUAAGAGUUUGCUCGGAAGAACAGUCACGUAAGGCGUUAGAGCGUAUAUCCAUACCGAAGAUAUAUCAUCCAUUCAUCCAAGGUCCAUUUGGAGAGCGCGCACAAGCUCUUAGUGCAGAAACUGGAGCCCGUAUACACAUUCCACCUGCCUCUACUCAGAGUGACGAAAUUGUUAUUGCAGGAGAAAAGAAUGGAGUUCUUGCAGCAAAAGCACAGAUAGAGCAAAUUUAUCAGGAAAUGGUAAACAAGUGCUCAACCGUAAGAGUAGAGGUUCCAAAAUCACAGCACAAGUAUGUUAUUGGUGCUAGAGGAACAACUAUUCAGGAAAUUCUAAAAGAAACUGGUGUAUCUGUUGAAAUGCCUCCUCCUGAUUCGCCUACUGGAACAAUUACAUUACAUGGACCCCAUAAUAAGAUUGGCAUGGCACUGUCAAUGGUGUGUGACAAAGCCAAUUCAGUAAAAACUGCAACAGUUGAUGCACCAACAUGGAUUCAUAAGUACAUAAUUGGCAAGAAUGGUUCCAACAUUAAAAAGAUUACUCAGGACCUUUCAAAGGUACAUAUAGACAUAACACAUUCAGAAGAUAAAGUUAAAAUUGAUGGACCUCCAGAGGAAGUGGAGCGGGCCCAAGUAGAAUUAGAUGACUUUGUUAAAAAUUUGCUUGCUACUCUUACAUAUGUCGAACUUACGGUUGACCCGAAAUUUUUCAAACACAUCAUUGGUAAAAAUGGAACUAACAUUAAUAGACUGAAGGAUGAGACUGGUGUAGUUAUUAAUAUUAUUGAAAAUGAAGGCAAUAACAUUAUUCGUAUUGAAGGCAGCCACAAAGGUGUAGCCGAUGCUGAGAGGGAACUUAGGGAGAUGGUUAUGAAAUUGGAAAACGAAAGAACGAAGGAGGUAUAUGUUGAUCACAGAUACAUAAAGUCUCUGAUAGGCGUUAGAGGCGAUAAGAUUAAGGAAAUUCGCGAAAAAUUUGAACGUGUCCUUAUCACACUACCAGAUCAGGGUCAGAAAAGAAGCCCUAUAAAACUGAGAGGACCACAGGAGGACAUUGAAAAAUGUGAAAAGUACUUACAUAAAGUUAUAAAAGAAAUUGCAGAAUCAUCAUAUGUACAAGAAGUACCUAUUUUCAAGCAAUUCCAUAAAUUUAUUAUUGGUAAGGGUGGCGCAAAUUUGAGGAAAAUUCGAGAUGAAACACAAACUGUUAUUGAUCUUCCUGCAGAGGGUGAUGAAAGUGAUGUUAUCACAGUGCGAGGAAAACGCGACAAUGUUGAAGAAGCUGUCCGCAGAAUUCAACAAAUACACAAUGAGAAGGCCAAUAUAGUUACAGAAGAGGUAACAAUUGCACCUAAGUAUUACAAUUCAUUAAUCGGAGCUGGUGGAAAACUGAUUCAUUCCAUAAUGGAGGAGUGCGGAGGAGUUUUGAUUAAGUUUCCACCAGCAGACAGUGAUAGUGACAAGGUUGUAAUUAAAGGACCCAUCGAGGAUGUAGAAAAAGCUAAGCAGCAGCUCCUGGCGCAUGCUUCAGAGCGUGAAUUGACAUCCCAUACAGCUACUGUACGUGCUAAACCUGAACAUCACAAGUUUCUUAUUGGAAAGAAUGGUGCUAACAUUAAAAAGAUCCGAGAGCAGACAGGUGCAAGAAUCGUGUUUCCUACUGAAAAAGAUGAAGAUAAAGAAGCUAUUUUCAUUAUUGGACGUGAGGAGCAAGUAGAGGCAGCUCGCAAACAACUCGAAACUGCAGUAGCGGAAAUUAGCAAUGUGUCCGAAGGUGAAAUGACGGUCCCUCCGCGCCACCAUCGGCACUUCGUAGCUAGACGAGGUGAAGUUUUGCGUCGGAUCGCGGAUGAUUGUGGAGGUGUACAGAUUUCCUUCCCGCGUCAAGGCGUCAGUAGUGACAGAGUCGUUCUGAAAGGACCAAAAGAAUGUAUUGAAGCUGCUAAAGCCCGUAUAAAUGAAAUCAUUGAGGAUUUGGAGGCGAAGGUCACCAUAGAAUGUGUGAUACAGCAAAAGCACCAUCGUACAGUAAUGGGUGCCCGAGGUGCCAAAGUAAAGGACAUUACUGCAGAGUUUGAUGUUCAAAUUAAGUUCCCGGAACGUGAUAACACUGAAGGUGCCGAUAUACCUGUGAGGAAUGAAGAGAGCUCUGAACAUGGUUUGAACGAUAUCAUAAAAAUAACAGGUCGUCCCGAAAACUGUGAAGCUGCAAAAAAAGCACUUUUGGAACAGGUUCCAAUAACAAUAGAUGUUGAGGUGCCUUUUGAUCUUCACCGAUUACUUGCUGGCCAAAAGAGGAGGGAAUUGAUGCAAACAUAUGAUGUUCACAUCCUCAUGCCACCGAGUGAAGAAAGCAGUGAUGUGGUUAAGGUAACGGGCACUCCUGCAAAUGUAGAAAAAGCCAAACAAGCACUAGCCGAAAAAAUUGUUGAGAUGGAAAAAGAAAAAGAAGAUCGUUUUCUCAGAUCAUUUGAGCUGAAAUUCAAAGUUGAUCCUGAGUAUCACCCAUUAGUCAUUGGAAAGGGUGGAGCAGUGAUAACAAAGAUUCGUACAGAUUACGGAGUACAAAUAAACUUGCCUAAACGAGGAGAACCUGAUGAUGAUAUUAUUACUAUACAGGGAUAUGAAGAUAAAGCAUUGCAAGCUAAGGAAGCCAUUAUGGCCAUCGUCCAUCAACUUGAUAACCAAUUUCGGGAUGAAGUUGACAUUGAUCCACGUGUACAUAGGAGGCUUAUUGGUCUUAGAGGCAAGAAUAUCAGACGUAUCAUGGACGAGUACAAAGUUGACAUCCGUUUUCCUAAAAAUGGCGAUGAUAGCAUUGUCGUCAUUACUGGGGAUGAAGAUAAUGUGUUAGAUGCCAAGGACCACUUACUAAAUUUGGCAGAAGAAUAUCUGCAAGACGUCGUGGACCGAUACCAGCGUCCUGCAGCGCCUUCUCUUGGUGACUUCGGCGAUGUUCUCAGCGGAGAGAACACCGCCACCAGCAGUGGGACUCCGGCUUCUACCGGUUUCGUGGUGAAGGGCGGUCCGUGGGAGCAACGCGCGCCCGAUACGGCCUCGACGCACGAAUUUCCAACCAUGCCUGGAGCACCCGCCCCUGCUCCGACGUCGGCGCACGCCCCUGCUGCUUGGGGACCGAGACGCUAA